UAUAUGACUUCCACAAUCUCACAACUCUCUCACAAUCACUAAUACAAUCCCAAAAUUUGCAACCUUUCAAGAAAAAUUACUGGAUUAGUCUCUAUUUAUCUCCACUAAUUCGUAGUCAGUUUCAAUGGCUGAAAAGGAGCAACAAUCGCCACUUCCACUAGCACCGGCCCGCUACGGCCUUUCCCGGAGCGACACCGAGGCCCCAGACUGCCGCGCAGCCGAGCAGCGAAGAAUAAACAUAAACAAACGUAGAAAAUGCUUGCUCUACGUCUUCCUCUUCGCACUUCUCCAAACCGGAGUCAUACUCCUCUUCACUUUCACAGUGAUGAGGAUCAGAACUCCGAAGUUUCGCGUGCUUGGCGCCACGCUGGAGUUGUCCAACUCCAGCGUGGCGCUGCCGGGAAACGGCUCGCUGAGGGCCGCAAUGACCGCGGAGCUCGGCGUCAAGAACUCCAACUUCGGCCGUUUCAGGUACGGAAGAACGGCCGUGUAUUUCUUCUACGACGGCGCGCAGGUGGGGGAGGCGGCGGCGGGGGGCGGCCGCGCGAACUGGCGGUCGACCGAGAGGCUGAAGGUGAAGGUGGAUGUGAAUGUGGCUGAUUCGGCGCAGCUUGAGCGUGAUUUGGCGGCUGGAGUGGUGGCGCUGACGAGCCGAGCCGAGAUGAGGGGCGAUGUGAGGCUGGCGAUGCUGUUCGAGAAGAAGAGGUCGGCUGAGAUGAAUUGUAGCAUGGAAAUUGUUACGGGAAAUCUAAACAUUAGGAAUAUUGUUUGCGAUUGAUAAGCUUGUUUUAUUUUUUUUAAUUAUUCCUAUUACUUAGCCUAUAGGGAGUAUUUGAUUAUGGGUCAUUGGUUUUUUGUCACUUGCAGCUUUGAUUUUCCACACCAUUGUUUCCCUAUU